ACUUGUGUUUGACAGCUCUGAUAAAAAUUGACUCUUCAACUGGAUUCAGCACAACAAAUAAUUUCAUAGAAAAAAUAUUCACGGUUUCUGCAAAAACUAAACGACGAAUUAGAAAGUGAAUUUUUGUCGAAAGUAUUUCGAGAAGGGGUCAAAAAAUGACUGACUCAGGAGCUACAUCGAACGGCGAGCAUCAACAAGUUGAUUGUGUGGACCAAGCAUUAAAACGUCACCGAAUUGAUGAUACACUAACGAAUGAAAUGCGACUCACAGAUCUCAUCGACGAUUGUCUUGAGCCGAUUUUCCUGAAGCUGAGCAUCGAGGAUCUCGUGGCCAUUGCUCACACCAACAAACAGUUGAAGCCGGCUGCAGCAUCAGCAUUCGCACGCAAAUUCGGCACCAAGAAAAUUGUUCUGUCUAAUUUGAAAGACGAUCUACCGAUUGAUUCAAGAAUGGAUUCCGUCCAGGUCGUGGAUUUGAACGUUUCGUUGCGGUUACUACGCUCGUUCGGCCACAAGAUCUCCAAGCUUCACAUUGGUCAUAAAAAGUCGAUGGGUUCGAUUGUAUUCAGCAAUCGAUUACUGAUUCAAUAUGCCAACGAAUAUUCUAAGUCGUUGGUCGAAAUUACAUUCGGCCCUCUUGCAAGUUCUGAACUCAGCUUAGCUGCGCAUGAAUCAUUUCCAAUGGUUGAAACGGUUCGAGUCUGGCGAUGCAAUUUGCGUCGAUUCGGUCAAUCCGAAUUUGAUGGAUGUUUCCCUGAAAUUCGUCGUUUGGAAUUUGUUGGAAAUGUACCCAGCAACGAAUGCAUCGUCGACUGUUUGCCAAAUCUGGAACACUUGGCCAUCAAUACAUCAUCAUUUAUGCACAUAAAAGGAACAUUACCGAUUUCGCUUGCACUCAAUCCACAAUUGUUGUCGCUAACGUUGAAAACGAACGAUGCUUUAUUCAUUCUGCGCAAAGGACACCCGUAUCUGGGGCUACUUGAAUCUCUCAGUGUCACUUACGAUUCAAAAGAUCUUUUGAAUGAGCAUUUUGGGUUUGAAGACAACGAGGUGAUUCAAUUCGAAAGCUUGCGUAAAUUGGAAGUGAAUUUCGCCGAUUUUUGUUGCGAUUCAAUCCCACACAUUCCGUUUUCAUCGCAUCGUUUGACAGAGCUCAAGGUGUCCAUAGGUGAUUGUGACCAUAAAACAUGCAAUCGCUUAGUUCGGUAUCUCCAGAAGCAUCAAACCGUCACAAAGUUUACUUUGAUCAAUAGAAGCGAUCCGUUUUGGGAACCAUCAAACAUAAGUGAAGAAAGCAAAAUGAAAAUUUCCCAGGCGAUGUCAUCGCUGCAGGAGGCUGACUUUUGGAACAUUGAAUUUUCUACCGGAGAGGUGAAACAGUUCAUUGGAAACUGCAAAAUGUUGCAUCGAUUCGGUUUCAAACUGAUCAAUGGCGGAGACUUCAACGACUUGAAGAAGCAUUUGGGCAGUGAAUGGGAAGCAUCGAUUGACCCGAAUGGCAACGUCAAAAUUGUGCGAAAAUAGAAAAAGUAAUCAUCUGAAUUCAAGCAGCUCAGAACAAUGAUAAGGAACUUUAAUUUACAACGACAUUGUUGAACCAUUUAAUUUUUCAUUUAAUUUUAUAUCGCCGAAAGAUUUUAUUUGUUUUUAUACGUAUUUUUGCAUCACAAUAAUGUUGAAUAGUUCGAAUGAUCCCAAAAC